AUGGGAGCGUUUAUUGCCAAGAUGCUUCUGCCGACAGUCAGCAGUUUGGUGUUCCUGCCCACGGCCAGCGUGGCCGCUAAGAGGGGCUUCCACAUGGAGGCCAUGGUCUACUUCUUCACCAUGUUCUUCACCUCGAUCUACCACGCGUGUGACGGACCAGGACUCUCCAUCUUGUGCUUCAUGAGGUACGACGUCCUGGAGUACUUCAGUGUGUACGGCACGGCUCUGUCCAUGUGGGUCACGCUCAUAGCUCUGGGCGACUUUGAUGAGCCCCAGCGCUCCAGCAUGACCAUGUUCGGGGUGCUGACCAUCGCAGUGAGGAUCUAUCAGGAUCGCUGGGGCUACGGGAUCUACUCAGGACCCAUCGGAUCCGCUGUCUUCAUCAUCACGGUCAAAUGGCUGCAGAAGAUGAAGCAGUGCCGGGCGGUGUAUCCGGAGAAGGCGGUGUACACGCAGCAGGUCGGGCCGGGCUGCUGCUUCGGCGCUCUCGCUCUGAUGCUGCGCUUCUACUUUGAGGAGUGGGACUACGCGUACGUCCACAGCUUCUACCACCUGUCCCUCGCCGUGUCCUUCGUCCUGCUGCUGCCCAAGAAGAACCGCUACGCCGGGACGGGAAGGAACGCCGCCAAGCUCAGCUUCUGGGCUCUCUGCUGCUGCUCCAUGUCCCCCGGUUCUACUAAGGAGAAGACGGACAAGACCCUAACGAAGAAGAACAAGAAGAAGUCGCCUCGGACCGUGUGGACGGUCGCAACUGAGAAGCUGCUGACGGGACGCUGCAGCACCCCCAUCCUGCCCGUCUACAACCCCCCCCCCUCCACGCCGGUGGAAGGGACGAGCGUCAGCAGGCUCAAAGAGAUGAACGGGUGGAAGUGA